AUGAACUAAUCUGAAGAUUCUACAACAAAACUAUUGCAAUCAGAAGUUCUCUAAAUUGAAUCAAAUAAAGAGAGUGUUUUGAUACCUCAGGAAAAUUAAAGAAUUUCAUGGAAAUAAGAAUUGAAGAAUAUUUUUAUUGUACCAAUAUAGAAAUGUGGUCGAAAAAUAAGUUUAGAUGGAAAUUGUACCCCUAUUAAUUAAUAAAGUAAUGUAAUCAAGAAUUCUAAAUAUAAUGUUGUCACAUUUCUUCCAAAAGUGCUUUAUGAAUAGUUUCAUUAAUUCAUUAACAUCUUUUAUUUGGGAUUGACAAUUUCUUAAUUCAUUUAGCCAUUUAAAGUUGGAUUUCUUAUAGGGUAUUUGGGGCCUUUAGCUUUGGUGGUUACUCUUAGUGUCCUCAAAGAAUUGUAUGAUGAUAUCAAAAGGCAUAAAAGAGAUAGAUAAAUUAAUAGUACAAUUUAUAAGCGCUUUUUAAAUGGUUAAUGGCAAGAUAUUACUAGUGGAUAAUUGUAAGUAGGAAUGAUCAUCAAGAUUAACAGUAAUCAACGAAUACCUGCAGACAUUUUAGUCUUAGAGGCAACUGAUGAUUAAGUAUUUAUUCGUACAGAUUAAUUGGAUGGAGAAACAGAUUGGAAAUUAAGAAAACCUGUUUAAUAUAUCUAAAAGAAAGGUUUAUCAAACUUAGAUUUGACAAAUUAUUUUUUGAAUUGUGCUCAACCUUAAGAAAAUAUAUAUGAUUUUCAUGCUGUAUUUCACUCCUUAUAAUCAUAAGAAAAAGAGCCAUUAUCAUUAGAAAAUGUUAUGUGGGCAAGCACAGUUUUAGCAAAUGGUAGUAUUAAUGGUAUAGUUAUUUAUAAUGGAUUUGAAACAAGAAUGGCAAUGAAUAGUAGGCAACCUCAAACUAAAUUUGGGAAAAUCGACAGUAUUUUUAUUUCAUAAUUAGUUAGCUGAAAUAAAUUAUAUGUCUAUAAUGUUAUUUAUUGCGAUGGGACUUUUAUCAAUAAUAAUAACGAUUCUUUCUCAACCAGCAUUAAAUUUUCUAGCAAUAAGUGUGGCAUUUGUUCGAUACCUAAUUUUGUUAUCAAAUAUAAUUCCAAUAUCUAUGAGAGUCAAUGUAGAAUUUGCAAAACUAAUAUAUUGUUAUAAAAUUUCUAUAGAUAAGGGGAUAGAGGGGACAAUAGCACGAAAUUCAAAUAUUCCUGAGUCGUUGGGUAGAAUAGAAUAUUUGUUAACAGAUAAAACAGGAACAUUAACAUAAAAUGAUAUGAUUUUCAAGAGGUUAUCAUUAAAAUAGAAUGUUUAUACUUCGGAAAAUUACGAUGAGAUGAAAUAAAGUUUGUUAACUGAAUAAGCAAUAGGUAAUGGAGAAGAAGAUGCAAUUUUAAGAGACUUAUUGUUAGCAAUAGCAUUAUGUCAUAAUGUAACUCCAAUUGAGGAGAAUGGUGAGAGAUAAUAUUAAGCAUCAUCUCCAGAUGAAGUGGCUUUGGUGAAAAUAGCUGAAUCUCUUGGAAUAAGUUUAUUGAGUAGAGAUUAAAAUGCAAUGGUGAUAAAAUAUAAUGGAAGAGAAAGGAAUUAUGAAAUAUUAUAUAAUUUUCCAUUCUCUAGUGAGAGUAAAAGAAUGGGAAUUUUAUUGAAAUAAGAGGAUUUAUAUAUAUUUUAUCUGAAAGGAGCAGAUGCAGUAAUGAAACAGUUCUUGCCUGAAACUUAAAGAGGAUUUGUAGAUGAAGAAUGUGAAAAUUUAGCUCGAGAGGGAUUAAGGACAUUAGUAUUAACAUAAAAGAUAGUGAAUAAAUAAUUUUAUGAGAAUUGGAAACUUAAAUAUGAAUAAGCUAAAUGUAUUGAGAAUAUAACAUAGAGACAAAAUAAAUUAGGUAAAGUUAGAAAAGAGUUGGAAAACAAUAUGCAAUUUUUAGGAAUAACAGGUGUUGAAGAUAAAUUAUAAGAAGAUGUUUGUUAAACCUUAGAAAAUAUAAGAAAUGCUGGAAUCAAUGUUUGGAUGUUAACCGGUGAUAAAAUAGAGACAGCUAUAUGUAUAGCAAUAUCAAGUGGUAUUAAAUCAGGGACUUAGGAAAUAUUUCAGCUAAAAGAAAUAACUGAUGAAGAAACCCUCUAAUAAAGAUUGUAGUAAUUUGAGACUAGAACUAAUUAAUUAUUAGUGAUUGAUGGUACUAGUCUUACUACAGCAUUUAAAAAAGAAGAAUUCUUCUUUAGAAUUGCAACUUAAGCUUAAUCAGUUGUUUGUUGUAGAUGUUCACCUACUUAAAAAGCAUUGGUUACUGAAUGUAUAAAAAAAUAUACUAAUAAAAUUACUGCAUCUAUUGGAGAUGGAGGUAAUGAUGUUGGUAUGAUCUAAUCAGCUGAUGUUGGAAUAGGAAUUGAAGGUAAAGAAGGUAAAUAAGCAGCUCUGGCUAGCGAUUUCUCAAUUCUAAAAUUUAAAUAUCUGAAUUAACUAUUACUUUGGCAUGGUAGAUUAUCUUAUAAGAGAUCUGCUUUGCUAUCUUAAUUUGUAACUCAUAGAGGAUUGAUAAUUUCUAUGAUUUAAACUGUAUUCAUGUGCAUUUACUUUUAUUUAAGUAUUAGUAUCUUCAGUAGUACAUUGAUUCUUGGAUACGCUACCAUUUAUACGUAAUUAUUUAUUUAUCUAUUUUAGAAUGUUCCCUGUCUUUAGCAUCAUAUUCGAUGAAGAUGUUGUAGAAAAGGUAGCACUGGAAUUUCCUCCACUUUAUAAAUCAUUACAAAAGAGCAGGGAUUUAAAUCCAAAGACAUUUAUGAUUUGGUGUUGGAAAGCCACCUAUUAGGGUGCUAUCAUAAUGAUUUUGGCUUAAUUUCUGUAUCAGAAUGUAUUUCUGUAUAUUGAAACUGCUGCUUUCACAUCAUUAAUCAUAACUGAAUUUUGCAUGAUUUUCAGUGAAGUAAUACAUCAAUAUUUAAUCUAGCUUAAUUCUUUGCAUAUUGUUAUGUUCAUUUCAACUAUUGGUUCUACUGUCUUUUAUGUUCUUACUAUGGUUCUUCUUCCAGAAACACUUGUUGUUGCAGAAGUUCUCAAUUUAACCUUUUGGGUGAACACUUUAAUCAUAGUACUAUUCAGUUGGAUGCCAAUAUUUCUAUGUUAAUGGUUUAUACGAAUCAAAUAACCUAAUGAUUAUGAAAAAAUCAUGAAAUAAGUAAAAGGUAAGAACAAAAUAAAAACAAAUCUGUUCACUUGA